GUACAAUAAGUACCGAAAGACCAGAAAUCAAUAACGUCUUAAGCACUCGACAGUCCUGUUCCAACAAUAGACCACAACAAACAGUUCGAAAAUGUUGUUCGUUUUACUGUACGCCGUAAUUCUUAAUGGCAUCAAUUGCGAGCCGGAAGCGGUUAGGGAUAACUUUGACUACUUCAACUAUGGCGCGAACGAUGAUGUUUUGAAAAACUUAGAAUCUCAAUUGUCGAAAGAUGAAGUGGUCUUGAGACCUCAAGAAGUCAAAGACUGGCCACAGCAAUCUUUGAAUGUCGGACAAAUAACAGCAGUAUCCAUUAAUUCUUUGGGACAGCCCGUGAUAUUUCACAGGGCAGAUCGAGUAUGGGACGAAAAUACUUUCAACGAAUCCAAUGCUUAUCAAAACUUCGACAAGGGACCUAUAGUUGAAGAUACAAUUCUUGUUCUUGACCCUGGUAGCGGCUCCGUCCUACAUAGCUGGGGAGCGUAUAUUUUUUAUAUGCCUCAUGGCCUUACCCUCGAUCAUCAUGAUAACGUGUGGGUAACUGACGUCGCAAAACAUCAAGUAUAUAAGUAUACGCCAAGUAACCACAGAUAUCCGACCCUGACUAUUGGCGAACCCUUCACAGCUGGUCUCCCAUUCAGGCAUCGUGUUUUAUUUUGCAUGCCUACAUCAGUAGCAAUUGCUAGCACCGGAGAAAUUUUCGUAGCUGACGGAUACUGCAAUAAUCAAAUAGUAAAAUUCAAUGCCGCUGGGACUCUAUUGCUGACGAUUCCAGCUUAUUCCGACACCUGGUCAUUGAAUUUGCCUCACAGUGUCACUUUGCUUGAACAUUUGGAUCUGGUUUGCGUGGCCGAUAGAGAAAAUAUGAGGAUCGUGUGCCCGAAGGCUGGAUUGAAAAGUUACGCGGAUCCGUUAGAGCCGCCUACGAUAAUUGAAGAUCCCACUUUGGGCAGGGUGUUUGCUGUGACUUCUCAUGGUGAUACUAUUUACGCUGUGAACGGUCCCACGUCACAGAAUAUUGCUGUCCGAGGCUUUACAGUUAACGCUGUUUACGGAAACAUUUUGGAUACUUGGGAACCGACCACUGGAUUCACGAACCCACACUCGCUGGCGGUUACAAGGAACGGAUCACAUCUCUACGUUUCUGAAAUUGGACCGAACAAAAUCUGGAAGUUUGAAUUGACCGACGUAUACGAUAAGAAAUAGACGGUUUUUGGUAGUCAAAUGUAGGGCUAUCACUCGAGAUAUUGGCUGUAGGAAGCGAAUAUAAUUCGCACAUCGCUGCGUUUAUUCGACGAAAUUAUUCGUCUAAUUCGUUGAUCUCCAUAAACCAAUUUUAUAUGGAUUUCAACUAGCGUGUAUCUCAAAUUUACCUUAAGGUUCAUUAAAAUGUUUUUUAAAUGAAUUACGAGACGUUUUUUGAAACAGAUUAACGUCACAACAUCGAUAUAUUACCAUCGUGGUAAUAUAUAUCGAUAUGUCACAAACUAAACACAACUAUGACCUGAAGUUCGCGAAUAACAAAAUGUCAGAUUCAACGGUAUUGUAACCGAAAUUAGUAUUUUUAUUGUGAUUGUAUUGUCCGUAACAUAGGUACGCCUACUAAAAAGCCUAAGCCAACAUUUGAAAUUCAUGAAGCACAUUGCAAAGCUAAUAGAAUAGUAUAUUAGGUAACACUACGAGUUCUCGUUAUCAAACUCACUCUAGAACUAUGUAUCACAUGUUACGAUUUUGCUUUCGUUUAGAAUUGAGAGUUAGGUAUUAAAUAAAUAUAUUAAAAAAGUAUUAUAGUAACUGCUGUUGAAGUAGGUUAUAUCGCUUGAAAAGUAUUUACGCAUUGAUAUCGAUACCAAAGGUCCAGUGCAAUCACGCACAAAACAAUCGAAGAUUAAUCGAGUGGUGUUUGAUGAAUUAUUGUAUGUCAAAAUAUAAUAAUCACCUUUGAAUUUAAUUAUUAAUCUAUUAAAAAUAUAUCUAGAUAUCAA